AUGGCUGAGUUAAUGUUUGGAAUGGGCAUGACCAAAAAGAAAAAGGCUGACAAUGCCUACGUCAAGGAGACUAGGGAUGCUCUGAAGAACGUGACUAUUACUGAAACUGUUGAAACCAAUGAACUCAAGAACCUUCACAAGAGAACCCAGGCUGAGAAGGAAGCUGAACGACAAACCAGGGCUCACUUGAAGGAUGUCAAUGUUACAGAAUCAGUUGAAGGGCAAGUCCGCAAGGAACAAAACAAGAUGGAAAAGGACUGGAAGGAAGCUGGACGUAACACCAUCAGAGACAAUCAGAACGUGAAUGUUACUGAAACCGUUGAAACCAAUGAACUCAAGAACCUUCACAAGAGAACCCAGGCUGAGAAGGAAGCUGAACGACAAACCAGGGCUCACUUGAAGGAUGUCAACGUUACAGAAUCGGUUGAAGGGCAAGUCCGCAAAGAACAAAACAAGAUGGAAAAGGAUUGGAAGCAAGCUGGAAGACAGCAGAAGGAGGAAAACAAAAAUUUCGAUAUGGCCCGUGCACUCUUCAACUAG